UGGCCGAUCAUUUUCGCACGCCCAUAUCAAUCGUCACAGUGACGGUGACAGCCCCCUCGCCGCACUUGAGACUGGUCUCUAUCUGACCACGCGCUUCUUCUUCUCCCGCCUUUUCCUUCUCCAACUCAAUCUUUCGCCAUGGCUUCUAGGGCUCAAUUUUUGAGAGAGUACAAGCUUGUCGUCGUUGGUGGCGGUGGUGUCGGAAAGUCUGCCUUGACGAUUCAGUUCAUUCAAGAGCAUUUCGUCGACGAGUACGAUCCUACCAUAGAAGAUUCGUACCGCAAGCAGUGUGUCAUAGAUGAGGAAGUCGCGUUGCUAGACGUUUUGGAUACCGCCGGUCAAGAGGAAUACGGUGCGAUGCGAGAACAGUACAUGCGCACUGGCGAGGGGUUCUUGCUCGUUUACUCCAUCACAUCUCGGGACUCGUUUGAAGAGAUUAGCACCUAUCAUCAACAAAUCCUUCGAGUCAAGGAUAUGGACAGCUUCCCAGUGAUUGUCGUGGCCAACAAAUGCGAUCUCGAAUACGAGCGUCAAGUCGGCAUGAAUGGUCAGUCCUCAAAAGCUACUGAAGAAUGUAGUCAGCUGACGAAUUAUGAAGAGGGCCGAGAUUUGGCGAAGCAUUUCAACUGCAAAUUCAUCGAGACUUCUGCAAAACAGCGCAUCAACGUCGACGAAGCAUUCACCAAUCUUGUGCGCGAGAUUCGGAGGUUCAACAAGGAACAAGCUUCGGGAAGGCCCACAAUGGGCGGGCCGGCUGGCGCCAAUGGUAGUUACGGAGGUCAACCCUUGCAAGGAGACAGCGAAGAAUCGGGCUGCUGCUGUGUCGUACUGUGAACUGGCAGAUAGACUUUUCUUCAUGGAUUCGUUCAACUCGUCCUGGGCACUUUUAUCUCGCAUUCUCUAUCAUAUCCCCCUCAUUUAGAGGUUAUAGCUGCCUCUUUCUUCACAUUCACUACGUUUUCUGCAUUGUAUAUACUAUCGGAGUCGAUUCUAUCUGCACCUGCCCCAAAGCAGUUGCCACCUACAUAGCAAUAUAAGCAUCUCGACCUCGAAUAGUACAUAGCAUAACAUUCACCUUCCGAUCAUACUAGUCCUUCCAUCUAUCCAUCUAUCCAUCUUCCCUAGGAGCUCAGAUGUCGGAAAGCCAUCUGCACAGCGACUGUCCUCAGUCUGAUUCCUGCCAGUGACAGUUCCUAUAUAGUGCCCCCUCCUCUCAACUCUCGCGCUUGCUUUUCGUUUCCUUGUACUUUCUUGGUCGCUCCCGCCUUUCUUUCCCAAUGAGCCACCGUACACAAUUCUUCCGAGAAUAUAAGCUGGUCGUCGUUGGUGAUGGAGGUGUCGGCAAGUCGGCAUUAACCAUCCAGUUCGUUCAAGGUCAAUUCUUGACUGAAUACGACCCGACCAUCGAGGAUUCGUACCGCAAGCAAUGUGUGGUGGACGAUGAGAUUGCUUGGUUGGAAUUGCUUGACACUGCUGGGCAAGAGGGGUACAGGGCUAUGCGCGAGCAGUACAUGCUGUCAGGGGAAGGCUUCCUGCUCGUCUACUCAAUCGCUUCGCGUGUGUCUUUCGAGGCUGUGAAGGACUUUCACCAGCAGAUUCUGCGCGUGAAAGAUGUCGAUCGAGCUCCUGUCAUUCUCGUUGCGAACAAAUGUGAUUUGGAGUACGAACGACAGGUCAGCAUGAACGAGGGACGCGACUUGGCUCGACAGUACGACUGCAUAUUUAUGGAGACGUCCGCCAAGCAACGAAUCAACGUGGACGACGCUUUCCUGAAUCUGGUCCGUGAAAUCCGGAGAUACAACCGGAAUCAGCAGAUCAACGCACUGCAAAGUAGCAAUCCCGCCCCCGUCUAUGGUCUCGAGCAGGAGCAGCAUUCGAGCAAAUGUUGUGGUGGUGGCUGCGUCAUACUCUGAUUUUUAUUGCUUAUUACGACUCACAUGACUGAUGAUGACCGUGGAUUGUUCUGUUACCAUUUCAAGCACAAUCACUGCGGGGGGGCUUAUUUUUUU